AUGGGAUGUGUGAUUGCUGUGGGGGAUGAAAUACAUACCUGUAAACAUGAUUCACCACCGAAUGGCUUUUUCACUGACCAAAAGGACCGGUUUGAUCUCAGUGAGAAAACAAGAUAUAGCUGUCAGAUUGGUUUCACAACUCGAGAAGGAGCCGAAGAGGGAAUGACACAGUGUCUUUUAGAAGGAUGGACACCGAAGCCAGAGUGUGUCAAGACAUGUCAAAAGCCAACUGAAAGGAAUGUUAUCAUCGGUAUAACUAAACCAGUUUUCUUUGUGGAGGAUAACUUGCCCUACAAGUGUGAAGACGGUUAUGAAACUAUCGAAAAAGCCUUAGAAGGCAGUUCAAAAUGCACAGUGAACGGAUGGAGCCCAAAGCCUCAAUGUCUAUCAAUACUGUGUGAAGGUCUUAUUCUAGAAAAUGGGGAUGUUCUGCCAAGAAAGGACCAGUACCUGUACAGUGAUACAGUCCAAUUUCGCUGUCGCGCCGGACAAACACGCGUUGGUCCUCCCUCUGCUCAAUGUUAUCACUUUGGUUGGUCUCCACCACCUCCUAUUUGUAAAGCGCCAGAAAAAGUCAACUCUUGCCAGCCACCUAGCAACAUUACAGAUGGCCGAAUUAUCACUGAUCUUCAACAAGAAUAUUUACAUGGUCAGCAGGUAGAAUAUGAGUGUAACCUCCAGUAUGCAUUGACUGGAUCCAAGAAGAUAGAGUGUGUUGAUGGACAAUGGACAUCUUUGCCCUCCUGUACAGCAUUGGUCCUGGAGCUGCACCCGGGGAGGCGGAGAGCAGCUGGUUCUUGCGGAGAGCUGCGCUCGCCUGGCCAGGAGGAAGAGGAGGAGGAGCGGCACCCCAGCUUGGAUCCCAUGCGGCGAUGA